AGAAAUGGCUCUCCAAACCCGCAAUGGUAAUCAACAUCAACCACCUCCCCUUCCUCCUCCUCCUCAUCAGCAUGCUCCGGGUAGAGAUCCCAUUACCCAAGCCGUGAUCGAUUUCUGUAACAUGCAUCCUCCGACGUUUACCGGAGUUGAAGGCCCCGAAGCUGUGGCUGAAUGGCUUCUGCAACUUGAGAGUAUUUUUGAUCUGUUGUUUGAUCUGUUGUUCACCACUGAUGAGGUGAAAAUCCGUUGUGCCUCGUUCGUGAUGACCGGAGAUGCUAGGACUUGGUGGAAUGACUAUUGGAGACUUCAUCCUC